UGCCCUGGGAUCCUUCCUAAAACAAGCCGCCGGUCUUUUCCACAGGGAGCGCCCGGCACCCCCUGUCCAGGCUGGAUGGCGGCGGGGCCGGGUUCUGCGCCCUAAGGAGCCGCCGGGCUCAAUCGGCGGAGCCGAGCGCGGCCCAGACCCGUCUCAGCCCCGCUCCGUCGCCGCUCCAGGGUUCUCCUCGCCUCCCCGCCCCAUCCCCCCCGGCCACCGCAGCAGGCAUGGGCUGUUUCUGCGCGGUCCCGGAGGAAUUUUACUGCGAAGUUUUGCUCCUGGACGAGUCCAAGCUGACCCUGACCACGCAGCAGCAGGGCAUCAAGAAGUCAACGAAAGGGUCGGUUGUCCUGGGCUACGUAUUUCGUCACUUAAACCUGGUGGAAAUAGAUUACUUUGGACUGCGCUACUGUGACCGAAGUCAUCAAACGUACUGGCUGGAUCCUGCAAAGACGCUUGCUGAACAUAAAGAAUUGAUAAACACUGGACCACCAUACACUCUGUAUUUUGGCAUUAAAUUUUAUGCAGAGGAUCCGUGUAAACUUAAAGAAGAAAUAACAAGGUAUCAGUUUUUCUUGCAGGUAAAGCAAGAUGUUUUACAGGGCCGUUUACCUUGUCCAAUCAACACUGCAGCACAGCUGGGAGCAUAUAUAAUUCAGUCUGAGCUGGGGGACUAUGACCCGUACAAGCACACCGCAGGCUAUGUCUCAGAGUACCGCUUUGUGCCAGACCAGAAGGAAGAGCUGGAGGAUGCCAUAGAGCAGAUACACAAAACUCUAAUGGGUCAAGUUCCUGCUGAGGCAGAAGUAAACUACUUAGGCGUGGCCAAAUCCCUGGAAAUGUACGGAGUUGAUCUCCAUCCUGUUUAUGGUGAAAACAAAUCUGAAUACUUUUUAGGAUUAACACCCAUAGGAGUUGUUGUCUACAAGAAUAAAAAACAAGUAGGAAAAUAUUUCUGGCCUAGAAUUACAAAAGUUCACUUCAAGGAAACACAGUUUGAACUUAGAGUCCUGGGAAAAGAUUGCAAUGAAACUUCCUUCUUUUUUGAAGCACGUAACAAGGUCACCUGCAAACAUCUCUGGAAAUGCUGUGUAGAGCAUCAUACAUUUUUCAGAGUGCCAGAGAAUGAAGCAAACUCUCUGUCAAGAAAAGUCGGCAAGUUUGGGUCCAUAGGUUAUAAACAUCGGUACAGGUGUUUUUCCAUGACUUUUUUUGUGUUUUCAAGUGGCAAAACGUCUUUGCGAAUGACCAGAGACCCCUCAGUGCAGCUCCCGCGGCCUGACCAGAGCAUUGAAAGAAGUCGCAGCAAGACUUACCCCAAAAGAACACAACAAACAGGUUCUAAAAACAUGAGCCAGAUUACAACAAAUGGGGAAAAUGAAGGAACCACCAAAAUUAUUGCACCUUCUCCAGUGAAAAGCUUUAAAAAGAUGAAAAAUGAAAACAGUCCAGAAACCCAAAGAAGUAAAUCAAGUGCUCCAUGGGAGGAAAAUGGUCCACAGAGUGGACUGUAUAAUUCCCCCAAUGACCGCAACAAAUCACCAAAGUUUCCUUACUCUCACCGAAGGAACCCAUCAGGUGGCAGUGAGAAUGAGUCUGGGCAACCAGUGCGGAGGAGAUCUCGAUCUCGCUGUAACACCAGCAGUGGCAGCGAAUCAGAAAAUUCCAACAGGGAACAUCGGAAGAAGAGAAACAGAUUACGGCAAGAGAAUGAUAUGGUUGACUCAGCUCCUCAGUGGGAAGCUGUGCUGCGGCGACAGAAGGGGAAAACCCAGCCAGAUCCAAACUACCGGCGAUCUAGGCACAGAUCUCGAUCGAGAAGCCCAGAUGUACAAGCUAAAGAAGAACUGUGGAAACAUAUUCAGAAGGAACUUGUGGAUCCAUCUGGCCUAUCUGAAGAGCAGUUGAAAGAAAUUCCAUACACUAAAGUAGAGACUCAAGGUGACCCGAUCCGCAUUAGGCAUUCACAUUCCCCUCGAAGCUACCGUCAGUAUCGGCGGUCCCAGUGCUCUGAUGGUGAAAGAUCUGUCCUGUCUGAAGUGAAUGUUAAAACUGAUCUGGUCCCUCCACUGCCUGUUACACGAUCUUCAGAUGUGAAAGGUCCCAGCAUCCAGUUGACUCAACAGAGACUGAACGGAUCUAAAGACAGUCUAAUAGAAGAAACAUCUCAGCCAUCCCCUAAUAAUGUUGAUGGAAAGCCCACCACCAAGAUCAUAAAAACUGUACAGGUGUCACGCUUCAAGGUGGAGACUUGACUGGUGUAUUGAAGAUGGUGCAUGGAUUUUAGUGUUUGAAGCUGAGAAUUUGUUUAUGUGUGCAAGGGAAGGAACUGACAUCGACAUGGUAGUAAUUUCUUCAGGUCACCUGGAAGUGCAGCCUUCUUACUGGGAAGACCAAGCAAUGCUUUUAUCACUGACUGGAUUUCACAUUCUAGUGAUGUGACUGAUUGGGGAGAAGCUGCCUGGUAGACAACCAAAAAGAAAAGUCGUAGUAAAACCGAAUGAUCAGCAGUUACAUUUUCAAAAAAUGAACAAAAAAAAAAAAAAAAGAAAAAGAAAAAAAAAUUGCUGCAACAAAACAGGCUUCAUGGUCUGCUAUGUAAGUGAAUAGCCUUGUUCCAAAAAGUGACUGUUAAUUGACAUGAUCAGGACCAGAUUCUUCAAGAUAAGUAAAACAGUCGUAUUUUUGGUCGAUUGUGCAAUACAGUGUGAUAUGGGGAGAAUUAACUUCAUGAUUUCAUAUGGGGAUCAACUUAUGUCCUGAGACAUAAGGACUGAUAGCUCUUACUUGGUUUGUUUUAGCCUAGCACAAUAACAGAUGUCAUAUUUUUAUUACAAAUUUUGAAUCAAAAAUAACAGACUCAGUAACACUCUGCAGCAGUGAGUUCCAUAGAUGAUACAGAUUUACUUUCCCUUGGCAGUUUUAAGUGUUCUAAAUUUUGAAUGUCCUUUUAUGUAGAGGGACUAUUUAAUUGAACAUUCCAUGUUCAUGUAGAAAUGUAGAAAUACAUUUACCAAUUUAUAGUAAAGCACACUGGAAACAAACUGGAGAAUAUGUACUGACCCACUGUAUCAAGUACUGCUUAGCAAGGCACUUAAGUGCUGGUUAAAUGAAACUUGUGGAGUAGUAUUUAAGACAGCUAGGAAAUAGCCUUUUUAAAUUUUAGUUUUUAACUAGAUUAGCAAAAUCUGCCUUAAUCUCCUAUCAUAUAAAAUAAUCUGUCACUUUUCUCUGAGCCAUUUCUACUAUGUUAAAAUGACAAAGGCAGUAUUUCAGGUAUGAUAACUAUAAUUGUUCUUUUCUAUUGUCAUGGUAGGAAUACUAAGUUUCAAUGAUGCUGCACAUUGAGUGGGUUAUCUGCCAGUAUGUAUCUGAAGUGAUGCCUGGCUCUUCUCUUGUCCUAUCACUCUGUACAAAUAUCUGAAAGUCAUUCCUCUGCCUCCCAUUUGUCCACAGUCAGCACAUGUAUGAGCCUUCUGGUGCUGCGAACUUCUAAGCAGCUUAGCAAAGUCUUUGUUUUUUUGUAAUUUUUGCUGAGUGUAAUCCUCAAACGAAAUACUGAAUUUGUCAAACAGCAUUGUAAAUGGCCUUAGUAGCUCGUGCCUUUCUACAUCUAUCCUCCUUACACUCAACUCCCAUGACCUACAGUGAUUACAGUGAUCCUGUGUUUUGUAGCCUGAGCAACACUGUACUAGGGAACUGCAGCCCUGUCAGGAAAGCAAUACUGUUUGAGAACUGGAGUAAGCAUAAGGGAUUACCCAUACACAUUUGAACUAGCAAAACUAGUAAGUGAAGCCUUGUAUGAUGUGUUUUAUUUUCCACUUCAUUUUUUGAUCCUUUUUUGUUUCAUAGUCUGAGGUGGCCAGGUAGCCAUGGCAGUAGCCGUACAGUUCAUGUAUUCCUAUCACAGUAUAGAUUGGUCCGCAGGUUGGGAAAUGCUGCAGUCUACCAGGGAAGACGAAUUUGCUCAAUAAAUACUAUUCUUUGAUCACUUACUUUGGACAGUUCUGCUUCUUCAGCCUCAGUGAACAAAUCUAAGGGAAGGAAAGAGUGAAAAGUCCUCUGUGGUAAAAAUUCUGUUAUCAUGGAGGUUCUUCAGAAUUUUCUGAAUUUACUACAGAUUUAAUCCUAGAACAUCAUUGGGCUUGCCUUAAAGUAUUCGCUCAUUUUUUUUAAGUCUGUAAAAUGGUUUUAUUGUCAUUGCUCCAACUUAAAGUAAUCCUUUAGGAUCUAUUUAUGAUCUUGUGUAGUAUUCUCACAAGCAACAGUUAAAAAAAGCACAAACAAAACAAAAAGAAAAAAACCCACCCCAACCCCCCCAAAAAAACACCAAAAAAACCCCCACAAGCCCAUCGCUUAAUCAAGAGCAUCACAGUCUUUCAGAAGACCACUGAAAUAUGGCAAACCACAUAUGAACUGGUUACAAUGUCUGCAAUGAAAGUCACUCCUUGUUUCUUCCAGAAGGUGUUCCAAGCUGCAGCAUUAUACACUUGCUUGUAGUUUGCUGCUUUCUAAAUCAUUACCGUUAGUUGGCAAUCCCUACUCAGGCACAGGCAAGUAGCAAAUAUGUAUUUCAGCAGAUAUGUGUUGUUACUAUUUGAGAAUUAUCUGUACAUACUGUCCAUAUCUUGUCAAUCUUCAAAUAUUGAUGAAGAAGAAAAUUACUUUUAAGGUUUAUAUCCAAUCUCAUGUUUUCCUGUAUGUUGUCAUCUGCCUGUGGGCUUUUGUGUGUUAUUGCUGGAUACCAUCAGCCAAGUGUGUGGCAUUUUACUUACUCCACUACAUCAUAAAAUAGGCUUCUGUCUAGUGUAAUAGUGAAAAGUUUCAAUUCUCAAGUCAUCAGAGAAUUGUUUUGUAAUCAAGCCAACUUUUUUGCAUUUAAAUGAGAAAUUUACGGACAAAGCCUUCUUCUCUUCAAUGAGACUGUGUAGGAAGCAGGUUUUAGCAAGUCUAAUGUCAGUCUAGGACACUACAAUACAGUUUUGUAUCCACAAAGGAAAGAUUAAGCAUAUAAUGCCUGUAUUACACAUUGUCUGUGCCAAAACAAGGCAAAACUUGGGACGUCACUGUCAGCUAAUAGAACAGAAAAGGGAAUUUCUUCCAUAUGUGUGAGCCUCCUUUCCCUUCAAGCUUCUUCUCCUGUCAUUUGAGGAAAGGCACCCUUUUUAUGAUUUUUUUAUUGUUGUGAGACACCUACAAGUGAUCAAUCACUGAAAGCACUUACUGUGUCACAGCUGUGCUUUGUAGAUCUAAACCAGCACUACUCCAGUGACUGACCUCUUACAGCUCUGAGCUACACCUUGCCCUUUCCACUGUUGCUAUCCUUCCCCAGCACUCUUGGGGAUUUCACUGCCUAGAGGCAUGGAUUUUCAGAUCUGCAGUUUGGAUGUCAGUCCAAAAUGCUUGUACCUCCUGAUGGGUCAGGUAAAGAGUCAGGCAAAAGACACGAGCCGCAUAACUGUGUCAGGCAAAAUGUACCCUGGGGUUGAUGCUACACAGACCUCUACUCGUUUGGACAAAAAGGACUGAUAUUUGAGAUAUUCUCAUCCUAAUUCUGCUGAAUUGAUCUCAGGCUGACAAAUAUAACUUUGUGCCUCUGCAUUUAUCUCUUCUGAGACGUCUAUAAGUGCUAAGCACUGGUAAGUUACAGAACUCUCUCAAUAAUUAGCAACAACUACAACAUAGAUUAACCUUUUGUGAAACGUGUUUUAUACAAUAAGAGGGUUUGCAACCACAACACAAAAGCAUUUUUGUAUAUCUCAUAUUGGUUCCUUUGCUUAGUUAGCUGGUUUCUUUCAUUAGGGGCUACCCUUGACCUGCUGUUUUCUACACUGCACCUAUUUACCAGCAUCAUUUGCAACUUGUAUUCUAAACAAGUUCAUUAUAUUGAAGAUGUUGGUUGGAAAAAAAAGUCAAUACCAUUUAAGUUGCCAAAUCCAUUACCUUUAUACAGGUGAAUAAUGAACCGAAUAAAUAGUGUGUUUUCUUUUGGGAAGGUCUGUUUAAUUCAAAACUCCCUAGAAAGAUGUUUGAAAACAACAUACAUAAACAUAUCAAUGUGAUGCAUAUGUUCUAUGUACAUUAAGUAUUCAUGAAGCAACUGUGUGCUUUAUUUUAAAUUGAGGUUGAUAGAUGACUGUGUCAAUACUCGUGUCCAGGUUAUUUAAAAGUCAAGUAAAACUUGAAUUUUUAGGGCAUGC